AUUUCACCAAAAGUCAAUUUUUAAAAGUGAUCGUCUUCAAGCCCAAUCUUCCACUCACUUUCACUAGCUAGCUAGAGCAUUGUUGUCUCGUCUUUCUCUCUUUUCAAUACUAUAUUAUCAUGGAAGGAAUCAACGCAAAGACUCUCCGACGCCGUCGGCUCUCUCGCUUCCCCAUACUGAAAGACGACGAUUUUCGACUCUUUGCGGCGCUGCUGGGUUCUACCUUCCUCAUACAUGUACUGCUCUUUUGCGCUGAUCCCGUUGCCGAAUCAUCAGCAGGCACUACCAGUACCAGUGCGGGAUGGAGCAUGAUUCAUGAUCAUCUGGAUCUGAUACGCUCCAAAAAGGCUGUCGGUAGUCCGAAAUUCAAGGACAAGUGGCUCGAAAUAACGAAGCGUUCAUCUCUCCUCCUGGAAGAUACACCAGAAGCCAACCGUCUAAAAGAUUCCAAUUUCAGCAAACCAGAAGCAGAAGAUGGUGAGUGCUCUCAGUUUCUGGGAUAUCCCAAGGAGAGUUCUCCCAACUAUUCCAUUUGCCUACCAACAACAAAACCCCCGAAAAAUGAAAAAGAACAUCAUCGAGAUGCUGCUGCCGGUGGGGAACUCUGGUGUCAAUGGAAUCCUCUCCUCAACUCCAGUUUCUGUCAAGCCACCAAUCUCAUCGUGGAUCCAUCCAAAAUCAAUGUUGCCCAGGGAGGGGAGGCCAUUUAUCAAGUGUUGGGCCGUGAGGAACAGGAUGAAAUGCCCACCUACGAAUCUGGUGCCUUGCAACUAUCUCAAUGCACUCUCAGCGAACAACACAUCAACAGAAAGGAUCUACCUUAUCAUCUCUUUCACAUGGUGAACAGUCUGCGAGAACAACGGGAAGAUUCCGGAGAUACUCUCAUGGGAGGAGAAGUCUUUGGAACUGACAAUGUGGAAUGCAGCUCCUACGAAGAACGGCCGACUCUGUUAGUGACACGGUACGAAUAUGCUAAUCUAUACCAUACCUACUCCGAUUGGUACAGUGCCUAUCAAGCGGCCAUGAUUGCAUUGCAUGGCAACCAAACAGCAGUGGAAAAUGUACACAUUGUCUUUUUUGAUGGGCAUGCCCAAGCCAAAACAGACAUGGGAUGGAAGUUGCUCUUUUCCCAUGCCACAGUCUCCUACAUAUCAGAAUACAAAAAUAUCGACAAGAAAGAGCCUGCAUGCUUUCGUCAUGUGAUAUUUGCACCUGCAGGGUACCUUGCACCCACCUCAUUGACUCCCAUUAAAAACCUUGUUGGUUUCAUGGACCAGGGUCCCAAUUACUUUGAAACAUGCAAGGAAAACAAGUGGCAACGAAGAUUCCGCAACACUCUUGUCAUCAAUUCCAAACGACAAUUGGCAAAUUCCAAGGCAUGGCUCUAUGAUCAUUAUGCUGUGGAACAUCAUGACAACAAACGAGAUCCAUUUCCAUGUCUGCAUCCCAAAGCACCCGAUGAUCCCAACCAACAACAAGUGGCACCCAAAACGAAGAAACAGCCAAAGAAGCGCAGUCUCCGAGUCUUGUUGUUGGCACGAGCAAACUAUCAAGCCCAUCCUCGCAUGGAUGGCAGGGUAUCUCGUAUCAUUCAAAACGAAAAACAGCUCUUGCACUUUCUGGAAACCUACAAGGGUCCUGAAGAUGAUAGGCUGCCUGAGUAUAACUUCCCACAAAUGGAUGUUAAACGGGUAGUCUUGGAAGAACAUGAUAUGGCUGAGCAAAUUGUCACGUUCCAGCAAGCGGAUGUUGUGGUUGGCAUGCAUGGUGCAGGCCUUACACAUAUCUUGCUCGCUCGUCCUGGCACCACAUUGCUUGAGAUUCGUCCUCCUUCAUUUCGUGGCUGGCGACAUUUUGAAUUCCUGGCCCAGAUCGCAGGCUGCCUUCAUCGAUCUCAUCAGUUAGAAGUGAAUGACCGUCCCAUUGACCCAACUGAUUCUUUUUCAAUACCAAUCAAGGAUUUUGAACUAGCCUUUAUGGAAAGUGUAUCAAUCUUCUUGGAUAAUCAAUGUAAACUCCAGUAGCAGCUAGCUACGGGAGCUAGUGCAGUGGCUGGGGUGUGCUAAUAAAUAAGACAUGUGUUAAAGAUUG